AUUAUUGUCAGAUAUUUGUUUACAUUUUAAUUUAAAUUAUUUCAUCAUUUUUUUUUACAGUUACUCACACGUCUGAACAAGGUCCAUCUAACUCUAACAGAGGAUUCCAAACGAAAUAUCAUUGACAGUUUCGGCAAAGAAAGUGAAAGUGGUCUCCUUGAACAGUUGGCACAUGGUCAUGAUGGAAAGCUCAAUGGUGACAAUCUAGACAUCAGGGUCAACACCAACGAUGUGAGGAUGAACAAUCAUGACAAGGACUAUCAUUUCUUUGCUACCGAUUUUACCUUGGAUCGCGUUGAAUUGAAAGGACUAAAUACAGAAACUCCCCAAGUUGGUGAUGUGCCGGUCACUUGUUUUAUUCCUUCUGACAACGAGAAAGACCUGUUCAAAAACACUUUGAAAAUCCUUUUGGCAAGGGAAAUGGUAACUGUUCCUGGAUUUGAGUGGAUGAACAGCAUACUACCAGAUCACAUUCCACACGAACUUGAAGAUGACAUGGCCAAGAAAUCUGAGAUAUUUCUCCUUCCAGUAUCCCUAAACAACGAGAUUUCAUACUCUGACUGUGUUCACAUCCUGGAUGAGUACACCGAGAUAACCAACCACUGGUAUUCAGCAGCUGGCAGAGGAGGUGAAUUGGAUAAUCUCCAGAUUCCAGUAGGUGGUGAUCAGCUGACAAGAGUCCGAUUACAAGGUGCUAAAGGAUUGAGAGCAGGAGCACGAACAGCAGAGCAGAGGUUUGAAAGGCUCUAUCCAAUGGUGGUGGAAAUGUUUCAUGUACUUCAAGAUUUCUUGGAGAAGCUGUGCAAGAAAUUCCUGAAUUUGUCUAAAGGACGGGAUGCAGGAACCUUAGCCAAUAUGAAGUGCCAGAUUCAACGGUCCAAUGUAAAUGGGAAAGUUAAGAGUCGAUUCAAAGCACAUGAAGACUUUGUGCUGACAUGUGGCCACAGCUAUUUCAUUGCCUACAUCAUGAAGCAUUUCAACAUCACAGAUGGGAAACCAAUGCACCAUGCCCUUCCUGACAAGAUCUGCAGCUUCAUCAAUGCCAAGAAGAGAGAAGUUUUUAACAACAUUAUGGAUGAAGUUGUGGCAGAGAUAUUCAUACCAUUUGAGCUGGAGGAACCAAUCACGGAUGAGAUGCACAUCCAGAUAUCCAUCAUGACGCAGCCACCAGUAGUAUUCACAACUGUGGCACGCCCCGACAAUGGUACUGUGAAUGUAGUGUUGGAUGUUGCAGGAAAAAAGGUAAUUGUGUCUCUCAAAGUGGACACACUACUUCAUGGAUGUCGUGUUAACAUACCAGGAGUGACUGCACCCAUCAAGUUCGUGACAUUUAAACCACCGAAACUUGAGGAUGAUCUCAACAACUAUGUGGUGAAUUUCAUGCAGUGGUAUUUUAUUAUUCUGCAAAUGAAAGAUGCUUUGCACAAGGGAGACAUAUACAGAAUCAAUGUCAUUCUCAAGCAGAUGAUUCCAUUUUUCUACAGUCAUUCUGCUAUGUCGAAAUAUCUAACUGAGUGCAUAGACUAUAUCUUAAAAACAGAACACACUCUAUCACAACAAAUGUCAAUGAAAGUAAGGGCAGCUUCUGUUGUAAAUCCGACCGGUGGUAUUGGAAAUAAUAAGGCUGCAGACCUUCAAAAGGAAAAUGAAGUCAAGUAUUUGAAGGAACUUAUUCGUGGCCUGGGUGCUAACAAAACCGAGAAGGCUAUUGUUAAUGUCACCAGGGCAGCACCAGUAAUAGCGAGUGUGUGUGAUGCCUUUGACAAGCAGACAAAGGUAAAGAACCUGAAGUCAACACACAAGGUCCGUAGUAGGUCAGAUGACACAAGUGCUCUGUUGAAAACACUACAGAAAUUGGAUAUUUGGAGUAUUCAUGGUGGACGUCAGUUGCAACAGAAAGUCAAGCGUUCUCCAUUCGAUUUUCACAGAAGUCAUUUCAAAGGCAUCAUUAAAAACACUAUAAAGAGGUUGUUAAGAGAUCUGCCUGCUAUCCAUGAGGACAGUGACAAAUCUGACAGUGAUGAUGAAUAGUCAAUCUGUUGCGGGUUUUAGUCAUACACGAAUGUAGAUUGUUCAGUAAAUGGUUUUUUUGGUGAUCAUUUGAGAAAAUAUCCAACCAAUUUUAAUAACAUUUUCUUAUAGGAGACAAGUAAAAUUUCAGGGUUUUGACGUCAUUAUUCGCAAUAACAGAUACAUCAUAUUUAUCCAACAAUAAGCCCAUACCGUGUAAUAAGCCCACCCAUGUGAAAUACAUUUCAGUAGAAAUGCUUACAAGUGCUAUUUCAUUGUAUUGUAAUAAGCCCACCCCCUACUUUGAGUCAAGAGUUUAGGUGUUGGACCCCUGGGAUUAUUGCAGGAUAAAUAUGGUAUGCAUAUACACUAUAUAUACAAUAAUGUAUAUAUGUAUUG